AUGGAAUGUGCAAGGGUAGCAAGGUGGACGAGGCAUGGGACUUAUUCACUAGUCUUCCCUCAUGGUGUGGAGCCUGAUGUUCAAACUCACAAUAUAUUGAUCAGCGGAUUUGUCAAAGAAGGGAAGUUUUUAAGGGCUGAAGAAUUAUACGAGGAGAUGCUCCGAAAAGGUAUAGUCCCUAAUACUAUCACCUAUAACUCGAUGGUAGAGGGGCUCUGCAAGCAGAACCGCCUAGAUGAGGCGAAACAUAUGAUUGAUUCGAUGGCUAGCGAGGGCUGCUCUCCAGACGUGGUGACAUUUAAUACACUUAUUAAUGGCUACUGCAAGGCUAAAAAUUAA